CGCACAGUCAGUACCGGAAUCUCAGAACGAUCACACGUUAGCAAAAGAAACCAAACCAACCAGCGUCUGUCUCCUGCUGGCCAGAUAGGUGGCCCGUAGAUCCUUAAACUUAUUGGUUAACUGAAACUUGUGCAAACUUACCAUUGUGUGGAAGUGAUGCGGUUUUGAAUUGUGUGAAGUAACUGUAAAGAAGUUUUGGACUGUUUGGAGAAAUCGAAAACAUGAGCUUUUACAGGAUGUGCCGUGCUCUGUGGGUUGCAGUGGUGCUGGUUGGCGUUGUUUUUGUAGGACUGCCGGCAGCUUCAGCGCAUAUCGAGUUGGAGGAAUACUAUCGCAUGCCGCGGAUUUACGCGUAUGAUGAGUACGAUCCAUGCGUUGCCCAUGCUGAACGGCACGCUUCUCCUGACGAUGCCGCCUACUGUGUUGGUCGCACCGUCAUCAAACCGGAUCAGGAGUCGAGCCUUUGGCGACAGAUCGAGCUCUUCACCAACGAUACCAAGCGGCAUUUCCGCCAUGAUCAUCUGGAUCGUGGCUUUUGCGUUCACCGGUGUCGUCAGCUGCUCGAGUCACUCGAUAACGAAACAGCCGAGAGUUUGUUCGUGCACAAGUUCGACAUUCCGUUCCCGUACAUUAUACGAUCGGACGCGUUCAGCGAUGCGACCGAUGAUCAACUACGGUACGGGAAGCUCAUCAACAUCUGCCAAAACUAUGCGCUUCGAAAGCGGUACAACCUGUCGGCCUACACGGAAAUCGAAUACUGUAUCCGCCCUGCCCAACCCGCACCGAUGGAUGGACUCGAUGUUAGCUUCCUCGUUGUUACGGCCCUGAUCCUUGCACUCGUGGUCGCCUCCACCUGGUACGAUUAUCGAACGAAAAACCCACAGGGCGAUGAGCACUACAAAAAGGAUCUACCCUGUCGCAAAACGAUGAUUCUUACUUCGUUCUCGUUGGUGCGCAACUGGUACCGGUUGGUGUGCCGCUCGAAGGAUCAGCUGAACGAGGAUCUCAAGUUUUUCCAGGCCAUCCGGUUCUUCACCUUCUGUCUCGUGGUCGUCGGGCAUUGUAGCGAUCUGUUUAAUGCUACCUCGAUCGCCAACACACAGGACCGCGAGGGAGAGUACUACAAUCCGCUCAGCCACAUACUCAUAAAUGGGUCGCUGAUCGUGCAGUCGUUCUUCGAGAUGAGUGGCUUUCUGCUGAGCAUACACUUUUGCACCAAUCAGGCCAAGAUGAAGAAAAUCAGCUGGGUGGCCGUUUUCGCUACGGUUGCAUUCCGGUACAUCCGGCUUACACCGGCGUAUGCGUACGUCCUAUUUCUGCACGCAACAUGGCUAGCGAGGCUACAAGAUGGACCCCUGUGGACUCGUGGUGCGGUAGUGGAGCGGAACCUAUGUAGGCGCAACUGGUGGACGAACCUGCUGUAUGUGAACAACUACGUUAAUGCCGAUGAACCGUGUCUUCAACAAGCCUGGUAUCUGGCCUGCGACUAUCAGCUUUUUGCCGUGGGACUCAUCAUUCUUGUUGCUGUUACAAAAUACAAAAAAUACAUGAUCCACAUCUUCAGUGUAUCAGGGUUGAUCGCCAUACUGAUUCCAACCCUGGUAGUCUACUACAACCACUUUGAAGGAGUGUUCCUCGUCAGUCUACAAUCGGAGCGCUUUAUCUUCUGGUUCGAUGAGAUGUAUCACAAAAUCUACAUCCCAUUCCACACCAACAUGGGCUGCUACAUCGGAGGAGUGUUUUACGGAUAUCUCUAUCAUCGCAUCCGCACCUCGGACAACAAAGGAAACACAUCCAAAUUUCUUAAAUUCCUUUGGUACAUGACGGUCCCGUGCGGUAUGCUGGUGAUGAUGAUCAGCAUGAUCUUCUACUCGAACAACUUCGAAAAGCCAUCGCUAUGGAUUGCUAUCUUUUUCCCGCUUCACAAGAACGCGUGGGCACUGUUCGGGGCGAUCGUAAUGUACGGCCUCAUCUACAAUUACAACCGCUUCAUCAAAAGUGUGGUCAAUUUCCCGCUGUUUGUACCGCUCGGACGGCUGACUUACUGUGCGUACAUUAGCCACGUGUUUUUCCUGAAGAAUUUCUUCUACGGUAGCCGCGAAAUCGGCUACUUCAGCCAUUCGACGAUGUACAUGAAAGUGAUCGCCGUUAUCGUUGCAUCGUACAUUCUCGGUGCCAUCAUUGCUCUUACACUGGAAUUCCCGAUAUCCUCCCUCCAGAAGCACCUUCUUCCAAAGCAACUCGAGAAAAUCACAAAACCUGAACCACCGAAGGAAAGUAACAACGUGAGCCCACCGUCAGCGUAAGCUAUGAAACCGCGUUCCAAAAAUAUAAGCUUAAGAUACGAAUAAUUUAAUGGUAAUACUCACGGUCAAACACCAAGCUGUGUGACUCUUCCGCUUUUUAGUUAAUUAAACCUUUAAGGGAACAGGAUUUUCGUUAUCUUAGUGCCGCCAAGUGAACGCCAAAUAAAGCUGUUUGAAUAAAA